ACUAACUCGUCUGGCCGCUGUGAUUGCCCGCACUCAGCCUGACAAACAGCUGCACACCAUUUAGAAAAAAAACUUUCCUCCAAACUCCUCAAGUCUGGAUGUUUUUUUUUGACCGUCUGUAACUUUCAGAGUUUUUUAUCUGUGGAUAUUCAGCUGAAGAAAAGUCUUGCACCGCUGGAUUCUCGGUUUGCGUAAUGCUGAGGCGUCCUCUCUUCAACAUCUGGAUUAACUAUUUGGAGUCAGAGCUCGCGGCCCUGCACACUCCUCUGCCUGUGUAUCCUCUCUUUAUGGAAAGACUGCUCCUUCUUUCUGGAAUUUAACUUCUUUGAUAACCCGAGGUCGUGGAUAGAUUAUGUAUUCUUUAAAAUGGGUGCGAACAAUGGAAAACUGUAUGGAAGCGAGGGUAAAGGCAGCUCUAGCAUCUCCUCUGACAUAAGUUCGAGUACAGAUCACACACCAACUAAAGCUCCAAAGAAUGUUGCUACCACCGAAGGUUUGGACUCCAGCACACGCACUCUAAGCACCCCCAGCCCUGGUCUCAUCCUCCCAUCUAAGUCCUCCUCUCUCUCCUCUCCAGCCCUCUCCAGCAAUGGCCAUGAGACCAACUCCUCUUCCUCGUCUUCCGCCCCCGCAGAGACCGUCGCUGUCGUCCACUCUCAACCUGGCACUCACACACGCUCCCGCCAGUCCAAAGCCCACCACCACGCCCCCAUCGACCUCCUCCCGGACCACACCCUCCUGCAGAUCUUCUCCCACCUCUCUACCAAUCAGCUCUGCCGCUGCGCCCGCGUAUGCCGCCGCUGGUACAACCUGGCGUGGGACCCCAGGUUGUGGAGUACGGUUCGGCUGACGGGUGAGGUGCUCCACGUGGACCGUGCCAUCAGGGUGCUGACCCACCGGCUGUGCCAGGACACCCCGAACGUGUGUCUGACCCUGGAGACGGUGGUGGUGAACGGGUGCAAGAGGCUGACUGACCGCGGACUGCAUGUGGUGGCUCAGUGCUGCCCGGAGCUGCGUCGCCUGGAGGUUUCUGGAUGCUAUAACAUCUCUAAUGAGGCGGUGUUUGAGGUGGUGUCCCGCUGCCCCAACCUGGAACACCUGAACCUCUCAGGCUGCUCUAAGGUCACAUGUAUCAGCCUCACCCAGGAGGCCUCGCUCCAACUGUCCCCUCUACACGGCCAGCAGAUCUCCAUCCACUUCCUGGACAUGACUGAUUGUUUUUCCCUCGAAGACGAGGGCUUGCGAACUAUCGCCUCCCACUGCCCCCGCCUGACACAUCUGUAUCUGCGGCGCUGCACCAGACUGACGGAUGAGGCCCUGCGCCACCUGGCUCUCCACUGCCCCUCAAUACGGGAGCUAAGUCUCAGUGACUGCCGCUUGAUUGGGGAUUUCGGCCUGCGUGAGGUGGCCCGCUUGGAGGGCUGCCUGCGCUACCUGAGUGUGGCCCACUGCACUCGCAUAACGGAUGUAGGCAUGCGCUAUGUGGCGCGAUACUGCCCAAGACUGCGCUACUUAAAUGCCAGGGGUUGUGAAGGGCUGACAGACCACGGCUUGAGCCACCUAGCGAGGAGCUGCCCCAAACUCAAGUCCCUGGAUGUGGGUAAGUGCCCGCUCGUGUCGGACAGCGGGCUGGAGCAGCUGGCAAUGUACUGCCAAGGCCUGAGGCGAGUGAGUCUCAGGGCGUGCGAGAGUGUGACGGGCAGAGGACUCAAAGCUCUGGCUGCAAACUGCUGCGAGCUGCAGCUUCUCAACGUGCAGGACUGCGAGGUGUCGCCGGAGGCUCUGCGGUUUGUCAGGCGCCACUGCCGGCGCUGCGUCAUCGAGCACACAAACCCCGCUUUCUACUGAAGCCCGGGAGUUUCUGGACUCGUCCUCUGACAAGUGGAUGUUGUAAUAAUCCUGCUCUGGAGUUGGCAGAGUUCAGCGGCUGAUGUGUCAGAAGUGGUUUUAAAAGCUGGUGUGCAAUACUGACCAGAACUUAUCUCUUCAAACCGCUCGGUGGCUGUUAAUGCUGUCCUUUGAAAAUACUUCCACAGAAUGUAUUUAACAUAUUUAUCUGUAGAGAGGCAGAAAGCGCGGUAUCUUACCUUUUUCAACACCAACAUUUACAAUGUAACAACAUGCUACAGCACUGAGCACUGGGUACAGUUGUGUCACCAUUUAAAAGCAUUAUGUAAUUUUAAAUGUCAUCACCUUACAACCCCAACCCUAAUCAUUAGCAUUCAGUACUACAUCUAUUUAUAAACAGCAAGUAUCUUAAGACUGAACCACUAAGAAUGUAGCAACCGAGCAGCAACUAAAGCAGAUCUGAGUUCAGAUUCUCUCACUUUCUAUAUGAUGUGUUCAUUUGCACUUUACGCAACUGUGCUGACAAUCACACACAACUGAGCUCAAAGAGUCCUCUUUAAGCCAGCUGGAUUUAGGAGUUACGAUUAGCCAGAGGACCUGAUACUGCCAAAGAGAAACACACUUUAAUGGGAUCAUUGUUGAAAAUAAACAAGAACACAUUGCUGCUAUAACUGUGCCAAUAAAGAAUCCUUCAAAAUCCUC